AAGCAAGGUUAGCGGGACCUGAGGGGAAGAUAACAGAAACUCGACACCGCCGUGACAUGCAGGCAGCGCCGAACUCGCCUUUUCCCGGGGCACGUUCCUCAUGCCCCGCAGGGCCAGGACGCCAGCCGCCUGCGGCACCUGAUGCGGGGCCAGCAACAAGUUCGCAGACAAAAGGCCGCGCUACCGCUCUGUCAGUGGGCCACACCGCAGCCCCUUCGCGCCGCUCUCCCCCAAGGGGGGUGGUGGCAGGGGUGCCUCCUCUGCCCUUGCAGCUGACCAAAACAGCUUUGGGGACGCGGUCGGUGUGCUUAAACCUGAGGACCUGUGAUCGCUGGGGCACCGGUGGCUUGUCCCGCGUGGCUGCCGCCACCCCCUCAGGUGGCUGUCUCCUACCCCCACACUGGCCGAGCCUCAACGUGCCGCAGACACGGAAACAGGAGGAGCUCUCCGUUGCCGCCUCUUUCUCCCCCCCUCUUCUGUUUCUGCCUUCGGCACUCGCCCGCGGGACAUUUUUUGUCCUGGAUCUAUGUCUGGGGCCUGCCCAGCCCGGCGGCAAGCAGCGCCGGCAGGGUUAACGCCGUGGAAUGCGGCGGGAGGAAUGUGCAUGCAAAUGAGAUGGAUGCUAAUCUCAUGCUAAUAAGCACCGGCCGCCCGGGGCUGAGCCGGGCUCCCCGCGCCCAGACGGCAGCUGGGCUCCGCCGGCAACCCUGACCCGGGCUGCCGCGGCGCGGGCAAGGUGGCAGCUCAGGCAUGGUGGCCUGAGACUCGGCCGCAGAGAAAGGCUUUCCUGGGCUUCUGCGAGCUCCUACCGUGUGCCCCCCAGCCUCUGCUUCCGGCCCCCUUCCCGUCCCUCUGCCUCGGGUGGGAGCUUUUCCCGCUUCCCAUCUUUCUUUCUGUCCCUAUGGAGCAGAUACUCCUGCCGCCCGACCAUGCCUAGGAAAGCGGGGAAUGGGCAGCUCCCCUUACCCGAUGGCUGGGAGGAAGCGAGGGAUUACGACGGCAAAAUCUUCUAUAUCGAUCACAACACCAAGCAGACCAGCUGGAUCGACCCCCGGGACAGGUUAACAAAGCCCUUGUCAUUUGCGGAUUGUGUUGGGGAUGAGCUGCCAUGGGGAUGGGAAGCUGCCUAUGAUCCUCAGAUUGGUGUAUACUAUAUUGAUCACAUCAACCAAACAACACAGAUAGAAGAUCCCAGGAAACAAUGGAGGCAAGAACAAGAGAGAAUGUUGAAGGAUUACCUUAUGGUAGCCCAGGAUGCUCUCAGUGCUCAGAAAGAACUGUACCAGGUGAAAGAACAGAGGCUAGCACUUGCACUGGAUGAGUAUGUACGCUUGAAUGAUGCCUACAAAGAAAAGUCAAGCUCUCGUACAAGCUUGUUCUCAGGCUCCUCAUCAAGCACAAAGUAUGACCCUGACAUUCUGAAGGCUGAAAUCUCCACUACAAGAUUAAGGGUUAAGAAGCUGAAGAGGGAACUCUCUCAGAUGAAGCAAGAGCUGCUGUACAAGGAACAGGGCUUUGAAACACUGCAACAAAUUGACCAAAAAAUGUCUGGAGGCCAGAGUGGGUAUGAGCUGUGCGAAGCCAAAGCCAUCCUGAGUGAAUUGAAGUCCAUCAGAAAGGCGAUAAGUUCAGGGGAGAAAGAAAAACAAGAUUUAAUGAAGAGUCUUGCAAAGCUGAGAGAGAAAUUCAACUUUGACCAGACCACUGGGACAUCUGAACAAGACUUGAAUUCCAGCUCUGUAAAUUCUCAGCUGUGUUUUUCUAGACAAACUCUGGAUACAGGGUCUCAGACUGACAUUUCUGGUGAGGUUGGAGCAAGAAGUAGAUCAAAUUUAGUGGAGAAGGUCAGACUAAGUCUUCAAUAUGAAGAGGCAAAAAGAAGCAUGGCUAACUUGAAGAUUGAACUUUCUAAGCUAGAUAGUGAAGCCUGGCCUGGGGCACUGGAUGUGGAAAAGGAAAAACUAAUGUUAAUCAAUGAAAAAGAAGAGCUUUUAAAGGAACUGCAGUUUAUUACACCGCGCAAACGUACUCAAGAUGAGCUGGAGCAGCUAGAAGCAGAAAGGAAAAGGCUUGAAGAAGAGCUGCUCUCUGUGAAAAACACCCCUAGUCAAGCACUUGCUGAAAGGUUGAAAUUGGAGGAGAGAAGAAAGGAGUUGGUACAGAAACUUGAAGAAACUACAAAGUUAACUACUUAUUUACAUUCACAACUUAGGAGCCUCUCAGCUAGUACCUUAUCUGUGUCUUCAGGGAGCAGUCUGGGAUCUCUGGCAUCCAGCCGUGGGUCUCUGAACACGUCAAGCAGAGGCUCACUAAACUCGCUCAGCUCUAUGGAUCUCUACUAUAACCAAGGCGAUCAAAUAACAGAUUUGGACUAUCAGUACAAGCUUGACUUCAUAUUGCAAGAAAAAAGUGGUUACAUUCCUUCAGGACCAAUCACUACUAUUCAUGAAAAUGAAGUGGUUGGUUCCCAGGGGAGACUGGGUUACAGUGACUCUCCCUCUGCUGCAGACCAUCCAAAAUUGUCUGAACCUCCCAAAUCUGUGACUUCACUGUCAUCCAGAUCAUCACUGUCUUCCUUGUCACCCCCAGGCUCCCCUUUGGUUUUAGAAGCUGCCUUUUCCAUGUCAGCUCAAAAUUCCCCUCUGCAUCACCUCACUACAGACUUUGAAGACUCUGACCUUUCAGGGGAUUUUGCAGGCAUUAGUCUCUGUGAGAACCAAAUAUUACUGGACUCUGAAGUCAGAGCAGGAUCUCGGAUUCCUACAGGUGAUAAAGAUCUUAAUGAAGGUAUUAGGCAGCCUCUGCCUUCUCUGCAUAAAGGCAAUUCAGGUGUUGACUUACCAAGAAGACCAGCUGGUCACCUGCUUCAGGAGAAAAAAGCUUGUGUAUCUGCUGCUGUGUCCGACGAGUCUGUGGCUGGAGACAGUGGUGUAUAUGAAGCUUCUGUGAAACAACCAAAUGAAUCUGAGGACCUCAUAUAUAGUGAAGAUGACGCAGUAACUCUAGAGGCUGCCCAGGUACAAGUAGGACUCAGAUAUGACCACAGCAGUUCAAGUUUUGUGAUCAUCAUCGCACAGCUCAGAAAUCUUCCAGCGUUCUCUGUCCCCCUUGGCUCUAAAGUGUACAUUCGAGUGGCAGUGCUUCCCUCCUCACCUGAUACCAGCUGUCUGUUCCGCACAAGAGUGCAUCCCGCCAUGGAAACCACCUUAUUCAACGAGAUAUUCAGAGUAGCCAUCUCCCAGCUAAUACUGUUGCAGAAGACACUAAGAGUAGAUGUUUGUGCUGUCAGCAGAAGUCAUUGGGAAGAAUGCUUGGCUGGGACUCAGAUCAGUCUGGCAGAUUUAUCAUUUUCUGAUGAGACUUGUACUCUGUGGUACAACCUGUUACCUUGCAAGCAAAGGCUUGGCAAAAAACCCAAGGAACAAAAUGAAGACUCUAUGUUUGUGUUAAGGAAGCAAUCACUGCACUCACUGGACUUGGAAACUGUGUCAGCUUUGCUGGAGAGGACAUCUGCUGAGCUGGAAGCAGUAGAACAAGAGCUGGCAGAAGAUGAUGAGGAGGACGAGGAGGAGGAACAGGGACAAAGGGGCUCUGAGGAAGACUGGUUAGAAAUGCUUACAGAAGCCUCUGAUGAAAUUGUGGAUGAAGAGGAAGAUGGCUUAAAGCUGGCAGUAGAAGGCAGCUGUACUGAUGACAUGGAGUUACUCAUUGAUGCACCAGAAAGAAGUGAAGACAAGGACAGGGAGAACAGUGAUGAGGGCCAUGAAAGCCAGCAAGCUGCUGUAAUGCUAACACUGGUUGAUAAAGAGACUAACACUGAGGAAUCGGUUAAUGAGAAUGCAACAGUCCGACCCAAAGACAGAGCCAGCUGGAGCUCAAGACAGCGUCCCUUUGUCAGAAACAGCAUGAUAGUGCGCUCACAAACCUUCUCUCCAGGAGAGCGGAACCAGUACAUCUGCAGGUUGAAUCGAAGUGACAGCGACAGCUCGACGCUAGCCAAGAAGUCUCUCUUCGUGAGAAAUGCCACAGAGCGACGCAGUCUCAGAGUGAAGCAGCCUGUUUGCCAACCAAUCAUGCGAAGAGCUAUGCAAGAGUGCCCCAUACGCACUUCCCUUGACUUGGAGCUGGACCUCCAGGCAUCACGCACAAGACAGAAUCGUCUGAACGAUGAGCUUCAGGCCUUGCGGGACCUUAAACAAAAGCUUGAGGAAAUGAAAGGCAGAGGAGAGACAGACCUUCCCCUGUGUGUGCUAGAGGAUGAGCGAUUCCAGAAACUCCUGAAACAAGCUGAAAAACAGGCUGAACUGUCAAAAGAAGAACAAAAACGGGGUUUGAGCACUGAGAAGCUGAUGAGGAAAGCUUCUAAGGAUGUGUGCCGGUUACGGGAGCAGAGCCAGAAAGUGCCACUGCAGGUGCAGUCAUUCAGAGAGAAGAUAGCAUACUUCACAAGAGCAAAGAUCAGUAUACCAGCCCUUCCAGCUGAUGAUGUAUAAUUAUGCAUUAUCAUUGCAGCGUGUUUCUACUUGUUCAUCUCUUUUCAGAUGAACUCUGUACUUCCAAUAACCUGCUUUUAAAAAUCUUCUAUUUUACAUUCACUAUUGAUAUGUUUAUUUGUAAAAUAUAGUGAAUUGGAUUGUUGUAUGCUUAAAAAAUGGCAAAUCCUCCCCCAAAACCAGAAAACCAAAGUAGAUUAAUUUUGGUAUGCUGAUUUUGUACAGUUUGUAUGUAUUGGUUGUGUGGUUUAAUUUUGUAAAGAUGGAACAAAGGCAGUACUGAGGAUGUAUCCUGUUGAACUGCACUGUGUUGAGAAAUAUUAUGUUCAACAGAGGAUUGUUUAUCUUUUCACUGUUUUCAUGUGAGCAGACUGUGAAGAUGGCUGUUUUGCCAUGCAAUAUUUUUGUACAAGAGUGUAACUUUUAUAGUUUAAAAGUUAACUGCAAGAGUAAGCUCCUUUCCAAAACAUCAAGGCUGCCUCUCAACAGCUGCUACUUAGAUUCAACAUCGAUAAUGGAACUUUGUUUUUGAAAACAAAUUUGUAUUUAAUACGUUGUAGGAAGAGUCAGAGUUCAAUUCAGUUUUGUGAAUGUACAGUACAGUACUUUGACCUGCACUGAAAGGUUUCUUGCAUCUGCAGGAGAGUGAGAAAGGCAAGGCAGACAAGUAACCCUAAAUACUUCUUGUGAGAGUACCAAAAGGGGCAGCUGCUUUCUGAACUAGAAGCUGAAUCAAAUUCAUAAUACCAGCAUUGAAAUUGGAAUAGUUACAUCCACUGUAUGUUUCCAAAUGGAAAUUUCUGUCCUAGAAGCUGUCAUAGUGCUGACUAGGAACAGGUAAAAAGUGUUUGGGUUUACAAAUAUGAAGGUGUUUUAUUAAAACACUGAAACCAGAAGAAGCUGUCAUAUACUGAGAAAUCAGAAAUCUUGCUUCUAAGAGAGAGCUCCUGAAGCUCUUUGAAGUUUUCACAUAUUUUGGAACAAUAACUAACAUUUUUUCAAAUACCCUGUGUGCCACUGUGGGUGUACAUAUGGCUUAACAAACAGAUGUGAAUGGCACAUUUCAAAUUUGUCCUGGAUGAAGCAGCCUGCUACAUUCUGUUACAAGUCCAGAGCGUUAGAUAAAGGUAUUCAAAUAAUCUGCUAAGAGUCUUACCUUCUCUGAGUAAUGCAUUAAGGAGGUAGACACUGCAGAAAACAGAACUGUGUCAUUUUCUGAGUGCAACAUAUUAGGUAGAUGUAUUUAAUUCACUGACUAAAGUUUUCUUCCCCAAGCAACAAGCCACAUAAGCACAGACUUCAUCUGCCAAAAGGGCUAUAAUCACUUGGUGAGAAAAUGGAAGCAAAUACGAUGACACUAUGGUAGCAGCUGUCUUAAAUUCAAAGUGACAAUUCUGUGACUAGGUCUGCGUAGCACCCAAGGGUUUACUUGUGCACAAAUAGAUCCGUUCACUUAAGCGUACAGCCAGACAUGCUGGUUUGGGCAAGAUGACUGAACAUACUCUAUGAAUGUCCCAUUUGUUGUUUGCUUCUUGGGUUUGAGAUAACAUCAAUGUGUGAAAGGACAAUUUAAAAAAAAAAAUCUGGAUUAUUUAAUGUAGAGGUGAAAUGAAGGUUGACAGUUUCAGCUUCUCAAUUUGAUUAUGUAAGUUGUUUGUAGAAUGAUGUCUAGAGGUGUACUUUUAUGAUUUUUUUUUCCUUUUAUUUAUUUACAGUCUUAUUUAUGUUCUGUUCAAUAUAGUUCAGUUCUGGCCAUAAAAAUAUUUGACAUUAAGGAUGCUAUUGUGAAAAAAAUAUUUAGAGCUGUGUAAAUUCUUGCCAGAUUAGCUGCUUCUCCUCACAUAUUGAAUGGUUUUCAAAAAAAAACCAAAAACCAAACCCAAAAAAACAAACCAAACAGUACCAUAUUCUUGUUUGUAAGUGAGAGGUGAGGUCAAAAUUUAAGGGCCACUGACUUUAGUUUGCAGAACUCAUUUUAAAAUGAGAGACUUGACCAUACUCCUUGUUUUCCAAAUUGGUCAAGCUGAACAUAGUUACAGGCAGCUGUUAAAGCAGUUCUGGGGUUUGAGUUUUGUUUGGGGUUUUUUUUAACCAAUUCAGACUAUUCACACUUAAAACAUUCAAGAAAAUAAGCUACAAUACUAAUACAAAUACCCCACCCCUCCAGUUUAAAAUUACAAAUAUUACUCUUGAAGUGGAAUUUACUCUGCACCGCAGGGGCUAAUGACUGUCCUUAGUUCUAUUUCCAGGUACCAAUGCAUAUAACAAAAUCUAAAUAUUACUGCUAGAAGAAUAUUUAGCCAAAUGAGCAAAGUCUAGCACAAAUUGCAAUAGAACACAAAUCAGAUAAGAUGUAUUUUUUUAAACUAUUGCUAUGUUUAUACUGUAUUAAAUAUAAAAUGCUCAGGACUGAACUAAAUAUUUAAUCAGGUUAUAUUCUGAAUGUGUUUCUGUUCUAAUUUUGUCUGUAAGAGUAUGCAAGUACGUCACAUAGAUUAAUUUGUCUCUGCACUUUCCAUGUGUUUCAGUGAUUGGAAGAUACAUUUUUUUAACAAA